AAAAAAGCUAACUUAUCUUUUCGUCUUCGUUAAACGAGGGAGACCCAUCGACGACCAUGUCGAAGAAUGCGAACCAGAAACAGAAUGAAGUAGCGUGCUCACUCAGUGCCAGCUCCUGUUCUUGAAGAAUAUCAUGCACCACUUUAUUUCGCGGCGGCGGCUGCAUGUGCUGCAGAACUUGUCCGCCCACAUUCCCCCACGGGCAGCUGACCUGGUCUUCCCUGCGCUCGUGGGAACGUUUUAUGGCGCCAUUCUCCUGACCAUUCUCUAUUACGUCGGCCGCGGAAUAAGCGACGCCGGAAACCAACGUCACAACGCUGCGAGCGGAAUCACAACCAAAAGCAAAGUAUUAAGAUUAGAUAUAUGUUGUCAUGCAGCGCAGCUGCCCCCCCUAGAUUUUGAAUUUAAAGUUUGCGUAUCAUCGCAGAAGUUGUCCAGUUGUAAGGCUUUAUGAGCCUCUCAGGUAUUGAAAUCUGAACUAUUCACAAAAAUUUUUGCGGCGUGUGAGAACGUCCAUCAAGCUCCCAACUAUGCAGACCGCAAAGCAGAGGGAGGCAAUGGCAACAGGUGACGCAAAGCUGCUUGGCUUGCAGCGGAUGACAGUGUGGUCUUUGUGCCCACUUAUUGCCCCCUUUUUUGAUCCCAAAACAGGGCGAAUCUGUCAUGUCUGGCAACACGAUAUAGCGGGCACUGUCUAGACUGCCGCGCCAGUGCUGUCGAGUUGCGCCGGCGCGUGCGGGCAACUGAGGGCGGCGGAGCUCUGCAACGAUGUCGGCCGCGUAUCUGCCGCGCAGCCGGAGCUGGCGCAAGCUUAGCCCAAAGCUAUUCCGGGUCGACGAAAGUGCAGCGCACCCUAGCGGAGCCACAACGGGGGGCGCAGCUCGUAGCCAAUGUUCUGGAGAUCAUUGGGCCGCGCAGCUGAUGCCUUUCGGCGGUAUCUUUCGGGCUUGUCCAGCAGAGCCCUACUGCGAUCAUGCCAUGGCUAACGCAACAUGAAUGCGACGCGUCAAGUUCUCCCAUUCAAUUACACGCCCCACCCCACAACCCCGGCGAGAAGGUGUGGACGCUCAUGCGAUGCCUAGGCGCGGCCACAUCGCUUUCUUUUAGUUGGAAAAGUGGCAGAAGUCCCCUAGCUUCUUCGCUGACAAAGGUUCGUCCGGAUUUGCUCUCAAUAGUUGAGAGAAGCUCCAAGAUUGAGCCCUUUCGGAGGGGUCUCGGAGGGCCUCUCAAUAGUUGAGGUUUUUCGGACCAUGCCGUGCAGUCUGGUGAAUCUUGGAGCCCAAAAAUGAGGGCACAUUUCUCAACUAUUGAGAGGGGGUCCGAGACCUCUCUGUGGGUGUUGUCCUGAAAGAAGUUCUAGUCUCGAAAGACCGUUCGUGCCCCAGAUCACCCAGAGUGGCGACUCUCAAUGUGCUUAGCAGUUCGGCAAAGCCGCAGAAUUGCUGCUAACGCGGGCGCCGGCUCCGGCCGUUUGUUCUCUUGCCGGCCCGCUGCGGGCAAGUGAUCGGACGCAAAAUUGCUUCGGCAGGACGGUCCGGGCUUCGCCCGGCGAUCCUCGCAGAAGUUGUCCAGUUGUAAGGCUUCAAGGAACCCGUAUUACUCACGGAACGCCGGGCCACUUCAGCUCGUCUGAGAUCCGAAAAAGAUCCUAUCAAGAUCCUGGCCGCUGGGCUACUUCGGCGCCCCGAAAUUACGAAUCAGGCCCAAUGUUUUGGCCUUCGCUUUGCCUCCUUUGUAUAGCAAAUUUGCGCGGCCUUUUCUGGGCGUGUCGCAUAGCUGCCGAGCCUAUCCCGAGGGCCGCCCUGUUUGGGAAGCGCGAUUUUUUUUCCCGUUGCGGGGGUAUGUCGGUAUUUUACGGCCACGCAAAACUUGGCGCGGGCCAGCCGCCAGGGAACGCGCCGCCCGCCGCGGCCAGCGUGUCCUUUUGCCCCCCCUUCUGGUGUGCUUCUGUAGUUUUUUCGCGGUAGUCUUGGACAUUGGAAAGGGGGUGGCGCGGAGGUGUUUCGACCGCAGGCAUUCUACCUGCCCAGCAUCCGGGAGCCCGCAGAGAGGCGAUGGCCUUUGGCGCGAUGUGGUGCCAAGUGUUUUGCUUCUUGGGGUCGCGGGGAUCGGCAGGCCAAUCCUGCAGAAAGCAUGUCAAACAAGGGUGGGAGUUUUCUCCCCGCGGCACAAUUUUUGUACUCAGGAGCAUUCUCCAGUGGAAUUCGGCCAGGCACGGGGCCAUUUUCCAGAGUUCAUGGCCGCCAUCUCCAUUUUCAAAAGUUCCGAUCAAGAUCCUGUCCAGAGGACACUUUUUUCGCCGCUUUUCCUGGCCCCUCCCCCGCCUAGAAUCUAUGGAUUUGGCGGCGCAAAAAAGUGGCCAAAAAAGUGUCCUCUGGACAGGAUCUUGAUCGGAACUUUAUCGGAUCUUGAACGGAACUUUUUAGGAACUUUUUUUUGGCCUCUGAAGCUUUCGCCAUACCGCCGUGAUUGGCGACUUUGAACAUUGUUUGAACCUUGGUCGGAUCCUUUGUUCGGGGUUCAAGAAGUGGCCUUUCUACCCUUGAAACACGGGCUGUUUCUUUGAUUCAACAAAUUCAGCGGCUUCGUUUUUGAAUCAAAAAAAAAACUCGCUUUGGGGCUAGUGCGCCGUCUUUUGCUGGACCAUUUCCGACCUGGCCUUGUCCUCGGGCUCGGGUAUAUCUGGCCCAUGGAAGCGAGAUGGACCCUGCGGACGGGGGCAGUUCCGUCCAUUGCCGGGCCCCAGAUUGUUCCGCGUCGCGCCAGGGCUUUUACAACCGCGCGACCACUCGCUCGCCUUUGUUGGGCGUGGUUAUUCGUCACUCCCAGCAAGCUAGCGCCUGUGGCAACGCCCGCGGGGCGUCUGGCCCUUUCUCACAUCUACCAUACCUUCGUGCAACGCGCGUUACACGAGCGGUCUAUGCUUCCCUUUCGUCGGCAGGCUGUCCCUGGAAGCUACAGAGGGGCGGACGAAGUUGUCCAGUUGUAAGGCUUCAAGAAGAUCGCAGAAGUUGUCCAGUUGUAAGGCUUCAAGGAACCCGUAUUAUUUUACUUUGCCACUCUGAUGCUUGAGGCUCCGGAUCAUGAGGGCCAAAUGUCGGAAAAAAGACUACAAAAAUUUGCAAACUUCUUUUUUUCCCAUGGCGAGGAACGCCACACACCGUGGCGCGUUGUGCUCCCUGGCUUCAAGUCAUGCGUGGGCUAUUUUUCCAGUUUGCUUCGCGAUUCACUUCAUAUUUUAAGCGCUUUGCUGAAGUUCGCGGGCUUCCUCUCAUCCCGAUUGGAGGUUGUGUGGUGGGCGCAGUUAGUUUUCUAUUCCGUUUGCCGGAUCGACAACACCAUCGACCCUGUGAUCAUAUACAAGGCGCUUUCCGGUUUUUCCGGUUUGCCUUGUUGCUCCUUUUAAAUUUACCAAAAAAAGUUCCCAACUUCAUACCCUUUCAAAAAGUUUCCGUAAACACGAGCGGAGUCGGAAAGAUUUUGCGAAUGUUUCCGAGAGUUUUCGUUCUCUUUUUUUUCUCUUUUCAUUUUUUUUUUCGCGAAAAUCGAUUUUUGUCAUUUUUUGAAUUUGGGUCUUUUUGCUCCAUCGAACGCGUCAUAGCAUGCGUGUUCGAAGUAGGCGGCUUCAAAACCGCGUGGGCUUCUCGUUUCUUUCUUGCCUAGUAAAGUUUUCUUGUGGGUUUUUGCAAUGUUUCUGCAAUGACACAAGACCACACCUGGGCGGGACGUUUCCUUUUCGCUUUGCCAUGCGCUUUCUUCCAAGUUGUUUUUUUGGCCGCUCUCCUAUUGGGUGGCGGCCUUGUAAAUAUUUCGGUCUUUGUCCAGUUGUAAGUUGUAAGUUGUAAGUUGUCCAGUGUCAUCCAUAUCAUCGCAGAAGUUGUCCAGUUGUAAGGCUUCAAGGAACCCGUAUUACUCACGGAACGCCGGGCCACUUCAGCUCGUCUGAGAUCCGAAAAAGAUCCUAUCAAGAUCCUGGCCGCUGGGCUACUUCGGCGCCCCGAAAUUACGAAUCAGGCCCAAUGUUUUGGCCUUCGCUUUGCCUCCUUUGUAUAGCAAAUUUGCGCGGCCUUUUCUGGGCGUGUCGCAUAGCUGCCGAGCCUAUCCCGAGGGCCGCCCUGUUUGGGAAGCGCGAUUUUUUUUCCCGUUGCGGGGGUAUGUCGGUAUUUUACGGCCACGCAAAACUUGGCGCGGGCCAGCCGCCAGGGAACGCGCCGCCCGCCGCGGCCAGCGUGUCCUUUUGCCCCCCCUUCUGGUGUGCUUCUGUAGUUUUUUCGCGGUAGUCUUGGACAUUGGAAAGGGGGUGGCGCGGAGGUGUUUCGACCGCAGGCAUUCUACCUGCCCAGCAUCCGGGAGCCCGCAGAGAGGCGAUGGCCUUUGGCGCGAUGUGGUGCCAAGUGUUUUGCUUCUUGGGGUCGCGGGGAUCGGCAGGCCAAUCCUGCAGAAAGCAUGUCAAACAAGGGUGGGAGUUUUCUCCCCGCGGCACAAUUUUUGUACUCAGGAGCAUUCUCCAGUGGAAUUCGGCCAGGCACGGGGCCAUUUUCCAGAGUUCAUGGCCGCCAUCUCCAUUUUCAAAAGUUCCGAUCAAGAUCCUGUCCAGAGGACACUUUUUUCGCCGCUUUUCCUGGCCCCUCCCCCGCCUAGAAUCUAUGGAUUUGGCGGCGCAAAAAAGUGGCCAAAAAAGUGUCCUCUGGACAGGAUCUUGAUCGGAACUUUAUCGGAUCUUGAACGGAACUUUUUAGGAACUUUUUUUUGGCCUCUGAAGCUUUCGCCAUACCGCCGUGAUUGGCGACUUUGAACAUUGUUUGAACCUUGGUCGGAUCCUUUGUUCGGGGUUCAAGAAGUGGCCUUUCUACCCUUGAAACACGGGCUGUUUCUUUGAUUCAACAAAUUCAGCGGCUUCGUUUUUGAAUCAAAAAAAAAACUCGCUUUGGGGCUAGUGCGCCGUCUUUUGCUGGACCAUUUCCGACCUGGCCUUGUCCUCGGGCUCGGGUAUAUCUGGCCCAUGGAAGCGAGAUGGACCCUGCGGACGGGGGCAGUUCCGUCCAUUGCCGGGCCCCAGAUUGUUCCGCGUCGCGCCAGGGCUUUUACAACCGCGCGACCACUCGCUCGCCUUUGUUGGGCGUGGUUAUUUGUCACUCCCAGCAAGCUAGCGCCUGUGGCAACGCCCGCGGGGCGUCUGGCCCUUUCUCACAUCUACCAUACCUUCGUGUAACGCGCGUUACACGAGCGGUCUAUGCUUCCCUUUCGUCGGCAGGCUGUCCCUGGAAGCUACAGAGGGGCGGACGCUCCGAAUCUUUCCGACCCCUCCCCCUGGGGUGUCGGGGGUGAUCUUUUCAGGAUCUUCGUGGGUUCUCAGGGCGUCGUCUGUGGCCCGUCGUGCCGCCAGUAACCGUAUUAUUUUACUUCGUCACUCUGAUGCUGAUCAUGCCGACGAAAAAAGAAGUAAAAAAGUACUACCUCGCUCGACCACAGGUCGCCGUGAUCGGCGGUGGUUUCAGUGGUUUGGCCGCCAGUCUGGAACUGAACCGUCUAGGGUACGAUGUCACUGUUUACGAGCGGCUCGAAGCCGUUGGGGGUCGCGCACAGCACAUAGUCGGCGACGGCUUUCAGUUCGACUUCGGCCCGUCCUGGUACUGGUUUCCGGAUGUCUUCGAGCGGAUUUUCGAGAGGUUUGGUGGCAAGGUCAGUGAAUUCUACACGCUGAAAAAACUUGACCCCGCGUACCGAGUCCAGAUUCCUCCUCCCCCACGGCACGAUCCGUCAUCCGGGGGACUGGAACAAACGUCUUCUACAACCCGUGAAGACGCGGGCCCACAAAGCGAAAGCUUUGUCGACAUCCCCGGCGAACCGGAGGAUCUCCUGAACUUCCUCGCAGAUCGCGAGCGCAGGCACCUGCUGGAAUCGAUCGGAGGUAUUUUUAAACGUAGAAAGACCUUUGGUGCUCAUACAUGUACAUGCACAUGCUUCCCCUUCGCCUUCAGAAAGAAGAAACCGUGUUGUAGAGGCAAAGGGGACGAUCCUUAAUUACCUUGAAAAAAAUGCGGCUGUGCCAUCAAAACAACUUGCCUUUGUAUUUUCCUCAGAUGCAGCUCCUGCCGCACCCGCAGCGUCUUCACGUGGUCGAAAAUAUGCAGCCUCCCCAGGAGCUGCCACCGCAGAGCGAAUUUCGUUGCGGUUAUUCAUGGCGGAAGCGGAGGAGAAGUACCAGACGGGCAUUUACGAAUGGAUUUGGAAACCGAUGGUCUCCUUCACCGAGUUUCUCGACCCCAAACUGGUAUCCGCAGCGCUCCGGAUGGACAUGUUCAACUCGUUCCAGAACCAUAUCGCGAAGUUCGUGAAAGAUCCCUGGAACCGACGGUUUCUGAAGUGGCCAGUCAUCUUUGUCGGCGCCAGCCCCCAGGCGGCCCCGUCCUUGUACAGCCUGAUGACCUACGGCGGCCACAUGCUCGGCACCUGGUACCCCGAGAACGGGGAGGGGUUCCGCGCCCCCGUCAAGGCCCUCGAGCAACUCGCGCGCAGGAACGGCGUCAAGUUUGAACUCAGUGCCGAGGUGGACGCUUUGGAAUUUUCCGAGGACCACGACCUGCGAAAUAGAGGCGGAAACAAUUCGAAAGACGCAGCUGCUCGCUCUAACAUUAAGUCUGACGACGGUGUACGUGCUGCAGGGACGACGAGGCCGCAAGCUACAACUCUAUCUCAAACACCUCCAGCCUCUGGUGUAAGAAUGACCAAGCCGCCCGGUACUCACGCCAAACCCUCCGCGAGGCCGGAUAUUCCAAGGACUGCACAAGCAGAGCGACUGUCCCGCCUGAUGUUGCACCCGGACAGUGGAGAGGAAAAGGUGCACGCCGUCUGCUUUCACAAGAAAACUGAAAACGCAUUGCAACUGGAUAAGGUUUCGUCGACCACAGAUGGUUAUGAGAAGCCAACCUCUAGCUUGUCCACCCAGCACAUCGCAGAAGAACAGAACGUCCAUGAGACCAGCAAGAUGCCCCCUACUAGUAUCUGCCACGGAGAUUACACUGGCGUCGUCGCCGCCGCCGACUAUCGGUUUGUGGAGCAGAAGUUGCUGCCGAAACGUUUUCGGCUAUGAAUUGCAAAAGUAUCGUACACGUACUAGUAGCAAUUGCAUCACAAAUUACCUCAGCAUAACGGAUUCGAAUGGAAUUUGUCAUGCUGUUUUCCCUUAGGAUGGAGAUUUGUAAUGCAUAAUUGCAAGUACUACGAGUGCGAUAUUUUUGCACUGGAUAUCGGCGGUAUGACGCGGAGAAGUAUUGGUCCGAGCAGAUGGUUUUUUCCCCGUCGGUUCUCCUCUUCUACCUCGGUUUCAACCAGACCAUCCCCAACCUCCUGCACCACAACUUCUUUUUCGAGACCGACCUGGACACGCAUCUGGAGGCUGUGUUCGCCCUGGAGCCGGCAAAGCAUCGUAAUGGCAACUACGAGCGAACAAGUGUUUUGGACGAGGCACUGAACGCCGCGGUACAGAAUUUCACUUUUUACGUGAGCGCGACGACCAAAACGGACCCGAAGGGCGCAGUGCGGGGCGGAGAGGCGUUGUUUGUUCUCAUUCCGACUCCGUACACGAUGAACGACCUCCUGUCCAGGUGUAACAAGGACGAGGACCAACAGCACGCGGACAUCGAUUAUGAUCCCCCGGUCGGGAUCGGGAAAGAUGAACGCGAGAUAUCAUCAUCUUCCAACAUCAAACCUAGUACGUGCCAGGCCCAGUUUUGGAAGAAGCUUCUGCACCAAGUCCUCAUCCGCAUGGAGCAGAGACUUCAGCUACCGUCGGGGCAGCUGAAGAAAACGCUUGUCUACGAGCGGCAUGCGGGCACACGGGAAUUUGAGCAGGGGUUCAACUCCUUCCGCGGAAACGCUUUCGGCCUCGCAAACACGCUGACGCAGUCGCUCAUCUUCAAGCCCAGUCUGGAGAGCAAGGUAUGACAUCAAUACCAAUACCAAUAGAUUGAUCAAGUAUCAUUUAGAAGCCGCCUCGUCGGAUUCAGGUAUCAUGCUUUUUAGGCCAAGAAAUAAAACCUCUACGGUGUUAUUUCAACCUGGUGUACUAUCCCACGCAGCCCUAGUGCCUCAUGUUCAAAUUUCUGUGCGUAACACAGGUCUCCAACCUCGUCUUCGCUGGGCACCUCACGAGUCCGGGUCCCGGUGUGCCUCCUUCGCUCGUUAGCGGAGUGGUAGCAGCGAACUUGCUGGACCGUAAGCUUCAAGAAAGUGGCACAACGGGGGGAACAAGAUCAGGACAAUCUGCAGCAGAAGAUCCGGAAACGCUGUCCCGUCCGGAGUAUCUCCUGUUUUUCGCGAAUCACGUCCUGCUUGCGCUGUGGGCGAUUGUGCGCUACUCCUACUACUUCUGCAUCCACGAAAUCCCUGAAAGCCUUCUGCAAAGCGUAGCGUGGACACUGGCCAAACUGAUGCCGGGCACAAGAACAUCCGAGGAGAUCAUGUUGACUGGCGCUAGUAGUACCGCUACGUCGGCGGAUAUUGUUGACGCAGGUCCACCAUCUCUGGCUGCGCGUGAGAACCUGCUGCUCCACGACGUGCCUGGAGCAGCAGCGGAUCCCGGCAGAGCCAGCCCGCAGGACGAACGCCCUUUUCGAGCCCCAGACUCCACGCUCGCCUUCGCCACCCGCCAGCGGUAUUUUGCGGAAGCACUGCGGCACGUCAACCUGAGCCUGCUGUGCGUCACCAUUCCGCUGGUUCUUUUUCUGUUGUUCGCCAUCCAAAAGAUCCGGCGCGACAAGCUUGCAAGGUCCUACUGCCUCGCGGUUUAUCUCAUGUGGAAGCACGGGACAACCUACUUCGGGGCAGCCACGCUGAUGGACUUCCGCCGAUUCCUGGAUACCGCCGCCAUGUACGGUCUUUUUCGCAUCGCUGACGACUACGUCGACACCGUGGACAACGAGGCCCCACGCAAAGCCCGUCUGGAGGCCUUCAUCAAAGAUUUCUGGGAGUGCUGGGAGCUAGCGGUGCGCAACGGGAGGAGUAACGACGGAAGAAGAUCCGGAGGUGCUCCUGGAGGAAGAACUGCAGGACCACGACCUGGAAUUGCGUAUUCAGCAUCUGGAGACGACCACGACGGCGACGGGCCCGACGAUGCGGAUGAAGACAAGGCCGAUUUGCUGAUGGACUUGUUUUACCAGCGGCACCCGAUUCUGCCCGCCGUGAUGGACGCCUCGCUGCGGCGCGAGUACCCCUCCACCCUCUUUCGGGACUUCUUCAAGUCCAUGCUCAUCGACGGCGCGGAAACGGUUCGCUGCCGCAACUUUGACGACCUGGUAGAAUACAUGAAGGGUUCUGCCGCCGUGAUCGGCGACUUCAUGUUGCCAAUUCUGUGCCCCGGUCUGUCCGCGUGUUUGCCGCGAGAAGUGCUGGAGAACGAGAUCGCGUGCUGCGAGGAGGAGGAAAAUGAUCGUAACAGAAGCCAAAGCGAGCUAAGUGGAAGUCCCUCUGCUACUAAAGCCACUGAGACCACUUCUGGCACCAGCAUUGCAAGCUGCACCGAGAGCUUGGCCUCAACGUCGGUUUCCUCCAGUUUGGCGUCGUCUUCUACUCCGACCUGCACCGCUGCAACAGCAACACCCGAUGGCCCGCGAGCACGCAUUGGCUACACCACAACCGCUGGUACUGAUCAUUCUCAAGAGUUGUUGGGAACGAAGCUCACCUCCAAGAACAACACGCCUCAUAACUACGAAGACAGCUCGCACUUGGCGACAACACCAAGAGCGCCCGCCUCGCAGCUAAUCCAGACCUUGGUGGCUCAAGUCGAAACGUUCGAAGCCGAUGCCCGCGCCUUUUGCGUAAACGAGAGACUAGGCAAGAGCCGCAGUAGCAGUUCGAACAAACACCACGAGCAGGUACAACUAGAAGUGCGACUUGUAGAUGAAAACUUAAACUCGGCGACUGCUCUAGGAGUGAGACAUCAACCGCAGCACACGGCUACAACGCAGCUACACAAGUCGACCCGAAAUAUCAUACUGAAGUAUUUCGAGCACGACCCGCAGGCCGCAGACCUGUGCGAACGCGCGCUGGACGUGCGGAAAAAGCUGCUGCCAACCGCGCGCGCGCUCGGAAACGCGUUUCAGCUGACAAACAUGAUUCGGGACAUCGAUGAAGACCUAGACUACCACCGCGUCUACAUGCCCAGCGACCUCGUUGACUUCUUCGACAUUGACCUGGAGAAAAAGGAGCAGAAUAUGUCGCUUUCGUGGCUGGCUGCGACCAACGAAAAGCGCAAGCAGGUCGAAAGUGGGCAGCUCGAGAUGCACCGGAGCAGCCGAGAGGCACUGGAGCAAUUCUGGCACAAAGUGGACCAGCCGCCGGUCGCCAAGCACUACUCACAAUGGACGCGGUUCAUGGAGUUCAUGAUGGCCAUCGCGGACCAGUACUACACCGAGGCCCGACCCGGAAUCGCGGCCUUGCCCAAAGAAGUCAGCGACCUGAUUUUGUUCUCCAGUAUCUGUUACCAAAAGAUUCACGAGGAAAUUCGGUUCGCGAAAAACUACCACAUCUUUGCGCACAACGCCGGCAAGCAGAACCGCGCGCGCGUGAGCUUCCGCAAGAAGCUCCAGCUGGCUACGAGACUGGUCUCGAUCAAAAAGGUAUCAAAUGCAAAAAUGUCUGGGUCUGGAAGAAUGCGAAGUCUGUCAUGCGUGUCUGGCAUGACUGAAAAGUUUGUGAUGCGUGUCCAAGAUGAGAUCCGUUUACUUGUCAUGCACAAACCCACUUUGUCAUGCGGAAAGCGCAAUACUAAGCAGCGCGGAUAUUUCUCAUGCUUGGCCGUGCAUUAUAGAGCAUUCACUCUUCCCGACCCAGCAUUUUUACAAGUUUCCAGACCCAGACAUUUUUGCAUUUCAUAAAAGCUGCUGCGCAUCUUCUUCGUCAGCGUCCUGUGUUCGUGGGCUAUGCGCAUGCUGGUCCCCGUGGUGGUGCUCGGGAUCUUGAGCUUCUUGACGCAUUCGCCGCACUUCGAAAAGUUGCUGCGCCUCGGGAAGUCGGCUCUUGCGACGUUGGUGCUCGAGAUCCUUGGCCAAGACGUUGACACGAACGGAGAAGUAGAGGACCUGCAGAAGAUGAAAAAUCUACCGGAGUUCGUCACCGAAUUCACGUAUUUCCAGUACCACUGCAUUUGGAUUUUCCCCAGUAUCUACAUCCUCCGCCGACUCCUGCACAUUCGUGUGGGGUUGCGCUCCAAACGACUCGGGCUCUCAGCUCUGUUUUUGUGCGGCAGCCGACCCCUUCGCGGCCCGGGCACGACGACAGGCACGACAAGUAGAACAAAUCGAAAUCACGCCGGCCGCGGGGGAGAACGAGAAGGAGAAAUUUUCGGUUUUCCAUAUGAUACCGAAAGGAGAAAAGGUCCAAAAGAUUCUUCCGGAUCCGAAGAUGACGGAACUUCGCACCAAAGCGACGUCCGUGUGGUAAAGAAAAAGUUUACGCCAUUCGACACGCAACAGCGCACCUCCACAUCGAAGUGCUCGCUCGUAGCAAGCUACUUCUUCCCGACUAUGGAUGGCAACACGUCAUGGUACCUCGACGCGUGGCGGUUCUGGACUGUGGUGUUGUGCGUCGUUGCGACUACGUGGACGGUCGCCUGGGACAAUUACCUCGUGUACCGCGGCGUGUGGGGCUACGAAGUAGGGUCCCGUGUGCUGUUCGUGAUUGGCUACGUGCCCAUUGAGGAGUACGCAUUCUUCUCUUUGGAGACCAUCCUCUGCGCAUUGCUCUGGGCGCUGCAUUUCCCAAAUGUGGAUGAGAUGCAAAUGCCGCCGGUGGUGCGGGACAGAAUUCAUUUUCAUCGCAAUAUCACGCCAACUUUCGAUAAUGCCCCAAGAACGGCUCAGGGUCAGGAGCGACACGACGACUCGUCCAAGAUGAACAUGUUCAGCAUCACUUCGGAAGCGACGACCACCCUGAAACCGCGGGUGCGCCGCUGCGGAAUCGUGCUGCUCUGGGCGCUUUUCCUUAUUGGUACGGGUCUGAUCCACCUAGCAGGCGGGCUCCAAUUCCGCACCAUCUCUGACCACGCCGGCACGUCCUCUUCUACGGCCUUUCGCGAAACGGAAGGCAGCUCAGGACUUUAUUUGGGCCUGAUUCUAUAUCCCACGAAAAAACUGUUUCACUGUGAUGAUUUUGCAAGAUCUGCAUGACAAGUUUAUUACACAUGACACAGAAAAUUUGCCUUGCGCGCUUCCAAAGGGAAAACACCCCUAAAGAGUCAAGGUCUUGCAGGUGUAGCAAGACAAAUAGUUCUGUGUUCCAUGCUAUGCAUCACAAGUUCACAGUGAAACAGUUUUUUCUUGCGAUAUUCUAGUCUGGUCCAUGCCCGUCCUCUGGCUGCAAUGGGUGUACGGUGCGGCCUGCGUCGCCAAGAACCGGCUGUCGAUUCUGAAAAUAACGCUCCUCUCCACCAUCUUUCUGUCCCUCACCGACGUGUUAUAACAGUGCACAACUCCCCCUCCCCCUCAUUUGUCAUGCAAAAUACCCAAUCCACCCGUUGCUUCGUUCUUGGCACUAGUUGCAUGACAAGUUCUGGUAGCCCAAAUAGCACUACACUCCAGCGCGGCAAAUGUGUCGUGCAAAACCGGCAUUCUUGUGGAUACUUGUAUUGCCGUUCAUGCUAUGCAACUGAGCGGGACGAGGGGGAGUUGUGCACUGUUAUACGUGUGGGCGAUCCGAAACGGGGUGUGGCGCAUCAACCCCGUGUUUGUGGCGCCGAUCAGCCUGCAACCCUUCUCUUUCGCGCUGCCGCUCGAGGAGGCCUUCUUCUUCUUCGUCACCUCAGCGAUGUGCGUAUCGGGCCUGCACUUGGCAAUGACCGUGGUGUGUGUGUACAAACUGCAGGCAGCGGAGGACCACCGUUUUACCUUCGUCGACGCACUCCGAGCCGUCCAUCUAUGGGCCAUCCAUCUGCGGGACGAGAACGUCAUCAAAUCUACUCCAGACGAGCACGAGCACCUAGGUCAACGAAGUGCUCUGCUCUCAGAGGAGGCUCCCCCCUCGCCGUCUGCUCGAACAGAAACAGUUGCACCACAGAGAAAUAACUACAGUGAUAUCGACCUCGCGCUACUUGCGACGCUGUUUUCGAACGCGAUCGGUCUGGCGGGGUGUUUGUUCACCCUGUUUUUGGAAUUUCAAUUCGGGUCGUCCGAAACGCCCUUGUCGCUCUCGACACAGGUGCUUUUCUUACUCGUGUCGGUUCCACUGUUCGGCCUCCCGCACGGCGCUUCGGAUCCCAUUCUCUGGUGGCUUCUCAAACGACGCACGUGGAACUACCUCGCAACCACUCCGCAGGCUGGUGUGAGUAAGAAGAGGGACGACAUCGAAACCCUGGCAUCGGAAUCGGAAUUAUCGCAGAACAACUUCUCUACCACGACCAGCGGCGCAAAUUUUUAUACCGACAACACUACAUCACGACUGAGCAAAAACAAAGCCCACCCAUGGACGCUGCAAAGAAUAUUUCUGACGAUAAUGGGACUGCGAGGAAUGAAAAAUUAUGAGCAGACGCAAAAGAAUCCACCAAGCAAAUCGCGAGCAUCCACUCCUGCGUCCUUCUCGAGCAGCGCGUCAAGUGGUUCGAGCACGACGGACAGCAUAGUGCAAUUCUUGCUGAGAGACAAGGAGUUUCAAAUUUGGCUUGUGUGGUAUUUGACGCUGAUGUUUCUUACGUUCGUGUUGUGGUCGGUGGCACCCGUGCUGGCUCUGAAGCUGUUCCUGAUUACCUCCAUCUACCACUUCGGCGAAGGCGAUACGCUCUGGUGGACGGAACUCAAGUCAGCUCGUCCGCUUGGAGAGGACAAUCAAUACAAGAACGCCAGAGGAAGCACCUCCACCUACCCGUCGUCGACAAUGCGCGGUGCAUCGCAACUCCGGACCGGAAAACGCGCGCUGGUGAAAAAACUCACCUCGCACCUCCGCACGAUGUUGGCCUUCUACGUCCGCGGUGGCAUGUUUCUGGUGGCGAUAGCGCAAGCACCCCUAGACACACUCCGCGCGUUCGUGCCUAUCACGGCACAAACAAGCCAAGAAGGAAUACACAACGCCGGCGCUGAAAACACCAUCGAACUCGUGGCGGGCGAACAAGUGACUGCAGAUGAUGGCCAAGAGGAGGCGCUGUUCCAGCUGUUCCAGUUCCUGCAAAGCCUCUACCAGGUACAUUUCCUGGCUUUUCUCCUCUUUCUCGUUCUCGUUAUGCAAGGAGAAAAGACGACACCACAAAAGUCGGCAUAUUGUGAACACGGAGGGCACCCACCUGGAUACGCUCAAGCCUCCGAGGACCGCGAUCUGGUGAUCACUAUAAAUCUUCGCCGUGUCGUGAUCGGCGGCCUUACGUUCUUUCGCGACGCGAGGGCGAAAAUAUCUACUGCUCGCACACCUUCUGCCUCUGCUCCAAGGCCAGUAAAAACUUCUCGUGCAUCUUCUACAUGCCUCAGCGUGCCAACGGUUUGUUUUCGCCUGAACCUCCAGUUGUUCGAGUUUGUGGAGCUCAUCCUCGUUUACCUGUUGUUUCGCCAGCUGCCGCCACUCAUAGCAUUCGGAAUCUACUUCAACUUCUACCACUCGCUGCGGCAUUUGUACUCCAUCUGGGCGGAAUUCCACCUGCAGGACCAAGCCCUCGCCCAAGAUGGAAAUGUUGUAGCGCCACCAGCACACCGCAGCCGCACCGCCGGCAUGAGGAAUGAUUCUGAAGUUUUUGAUGUUGCCAGCAGCAGGAAAAAUGAGAAUGACGCGGAUGAGAUCGAACUGACGCAAUUUGGUACAUCAGCACAAUCAAUACCCACGGGGCUACGACCUGAAAUCGGGACGUCCGCGGACGGAACCAAAAUGCAGGCUGAGGUCUUGACAAACCGAAACCAGCAUAGCACUUCGAAAGGAAAAAUUCAAACACUGAGUUCGCAACGACGUCCAUACACGAGUUGUCCUGGAGGAACCAGGACGGAUAGCGCAGCAACGAUAGGAGACACCGAAACGAACUACCACAAUGGGCGUGAGCAUGCAGGGAAGAUGGUGCCGACGACUACCUCUGUUAGAGAAAAUGAUACGACUGCAACGUCUAGCGAUUUCAAUUUCUGGAAAAUAAUAUUAGGGUUUACAGCUCCCUGUUGCAUUUUUCCGUUUCUUCUUUUCCUCAUUCCGAGCCACACACUGACAAAAACCAUUGUAUCGCUCGGCAUACACAUGCAAAUCAUAUUCAUUGGCCUCAGUUGUGUCACUACACCGCACAUGAUCAUGGUUGCAUUGAGAACAUCAUCAACAUCAUUGAAUUGAAAUGGAAAUUAUGAAAAUACACUCUACAUAUUGUUAGACCACAAUGGGUCGUGCACAACUGUAGUUAUGGGCUAUUAACCAUACCCGGUCGUGGUGGGCACCGAAGCUGUUGAAUUCAUCUCAUGGAAGACAACCACUACAUUCAUCUUCCCCAUGAUUCUUUCAUAUCAGAACUAUACAUUUUGUUUACCAUUGGACCAAUCCAUUAUAGAUCUAAAUCCUUCACAUGACAUAUCAG